AUGAGUCCACAAUCUUUGAGAUGUGGUUGUUGUGCUAUUUGUGCACAUAACAUUUGUGCUCAUGAUCUUUUAUGUAUAGAUGCAAGUAACAUACCGCUUCAUUUGUUGCGCAAUGAUUGCUUGCCGGAACAUACUCUGCCUCGUACAUAUGAUUUUGAGCUGUAUCUUCGAGCAAUUUUAUAUCCGAAAGGACUCGUCGAUCCUCCACAUCAGCCUCUUAAUUCAUUGGCCAAUUUUCAGUAUUAUGGUCAUGAAAGACUACCUGUUGACAUACGAGAGGCUUUUUCUAUGUCCUCUAUUUUCGACUGGAUGUUGGUGUCCCGUGUGCAAGCAUCGCAAGUGACCCACUUUUAUACAUACAAGUCUUCAAUUUCUGGCCCUCACUUUUGGUCUGCAGAGGAAGGUUCACAGUGUUAUAAUCAAGGCAAUAUUGCCAUUUGUCCACAGAAUUCUACUGAGUUGUAUACUCUUUUGCCACUGAGUCCUGAUGAGCUGCAAGAAGCUAUGUGUGUCAUAUUCUCGGGACAGAAAAUACAACCGUCAUGCGACACUGUCAGAAAAAUGGGACCCGUGUUGGUCACAAAGAGUAGAGUUCAAAAGUUGAUUUAUGGUGUAACAUAUAGUCAGUCCAAUAUGGACGCACUGUUCGAUGAGAUCAAUUCAAAAUCAGACACAAUUUGUCAUUUGCCAAUGGACAGUCAGGUUCCAGUGGACGAGGGGUUUAGAUUUUGUGAUGUUUAUGAAGAUGAUAGAAGUCAGGUAGCUGCUGUCGGCAGAGAGAAAAUGAAAUUGCACGCGCUCACAUAUGUUUUAGAUCAUAAGAAGUUUUUGUUGUCACGCACAGGGAGUAAAUUUGUUGCUGAUAAUGAUCCUGAUCCUUGGGGUAUUGGAGGAUUCUUUCAUAGUGCGCAAGUCAAAAAUCUUUUAAGACAAGAUGAUUCACCUUUUUGUAAUGACCCUCAUUUUGCUAGGAAUACGACUUUUUGCAUCAUUAAAGAUUUGAAAGAGAUCUGGCAGAAGUUGAAAAAGAAAGCUGCCCGAAUUCUGCGGAGUAUUUGUUCCUUGAUGAAAAAGUUCUCGACACCUGCAUUAUUUGUAACCCUUAAUCCACACGAUCUGACUAGUAGCAUUUUGCCUAUCGUCUCAAGUAUCAAAAUUGCGAACUGGUCUAUGAUUCAUCCUGAUGCGGCCGCAAUCACAUUUGAUUUGCAAAUUCAGGUGUUUGUUGAUAUUAUAUUGAAAUAUAAACAUGGGCCUGGCAUGUUUGGACAUUGGAGAGGGACUUUACAUUGCCACAUGUUUCUUCCUCAGGCAUUGCGGGAUCGUAUUACCCAAGAAGCAGGGUUCAAGGAUAAGAUGUUUGCCUGGUUGGAAAGUAUCAUCAGUUGUGAACUACCAAAUGAUAAGGGUUAUGCCAAAAAACCUGUCAGAAAACGGGAUGAAAUGGACCCCUGGUUAGAAACAUUGCCACAAGUCACGGAAUUAGAUGCUCAAUCCUUUAGAUAUGAAUUUCGUGAAUUUUUGAGUCGCCUCGCAGUGGAAUGCAAUUGGUAUCAUCUACAAAGCGGGGAAAAACAUGCUGAUGAGAAUUGCAGAAUGCGGUUAGAUGGAUUGUUACAAGAUAUCACUUCAAUUGACAUUGAGACUGGUUCAAUCAAGAUUAAUAAUUAUAUGGACCUGAUCUUGUUUCUUAUGCAAUCUAAUACAGAUACUCAAUUCAUUGGAUCUGGCGAAGCUGCAAAGGCUGCUGUAUUUUAUAUUACAGAGUAUGUUACUAAAGGUAGUCUCCCGAUGUACAUUGGUCUUCAAGCACUGGAUUAUGCUACAAAAAUGCACGAGCAGAAAUUUGAAGCUUCAGCUUCAGGCGACAUUGAUAUAGACCAAAAGAAUCACAACCUGAUAACUAAAUCAGUCAAUGCAAUGAUGGGACAACAAGAGAUUUCUCAUCAACAGGUUAUGAGUUAUUUGGUUGGCAGAGGAGAUUGCUAUACAAGCCAUACUUUCCAAACAGAAGAGCAAGUCACUGUGAACAUAGUGCUGCUGUAUUAA